GACUUGAGGCCCAGCUGUCAGUUGGUGGAGUCAGCGGAAGCGGUGCGUCGGGCUUGGCCGCUGCGGGCGUACGGAGGGGGGUGGGGAGAGAGAGAGAGACCUUGGCAGCACCGACGGUUUAAGAGGAAAGCUCGAGGGCGGCGGCGGAUCGGCCGCCUUCCCCUCUCCGUGUUAAGAUGGCGGCGGAUGUGGCCUCUCGGCUGCGGCGCCAGCUGGAAGCCCCCCGCUUCGAGCCGGCCCAGUAUGUCAAGCAGCUGUCGCAGCAGUCGGACGGCGACCGCGACCUGCAGGAGCAUCGGCACAAGAUCCAGAGCCUAGCCGACGAGACGGCGCAGAACCUGAAGAAGAACGUCUACAAGAACUACCGGCAGUUCAUCGAGACGGCGCGGGAGAUCUCCUACCUGGAGAGCGAGAUGUACCAGCUCAGCCACAUCCUGACCGAGCAGAAGGGCAUUAUGGACGGCCUGACCCAGAUGCUGCUGGCGGCCGACAAGGAGCAGCAGCAGCAGCAUCAGCAUCAGGGCCCCCGCCAGCUGCAGCCCUCGCUGGUCGGCGGCGGCGGGGCCUCUUCAUCCUCCGUGACCGCCUCGUCCUCCGCCUCCGCCACCAGCAGCAGCGGCGGCACCACCUCCUCGUCCGAGGCCUUCCUCAUCCUGCCCCGGGAGGCCGAGGAGCACAAGCAGCGCACCCUCACCACCUUGCUGGAGAAGGUGGAGGGCUGCCAGGACAUCCUGCAGGCCCCGGGCCGCUACCUGGUCUACAACGGCGACCUGCUGGAGUGCGACGCCGAGAGCGCCGCCCAGGUGCAGCGGGUGCACGCCUUCCUCAUGAACGACUGCCUGCUGGUGGCCGCCUGGCUGCCCAGCCGCCGCGGUGCCGUGCGCUACCGCUACGAUGCCCUGUACCCGCUGGACAGCUUCGCCGUGGUCAACGUCAAGGACAACGGGCCCAUGCGCGACAUGUUCAAGAUCCUAAUGUUCCCCGACACGCGGGUCUUCCAGGCCGAGAACGCCAAGGUCAAGAAGGAGUGGCUGGAGAUCCUGGACCAGACCAAGAAGAACAAGGCGCUGACCGAGCGCCUGGAGGUGGAGAAGGAGGAAGCCAAGGCCCGCCUGCUGGUGGCCGAGGAAGAGAAGCAGCAGCAGAGGCCCCUGUCGCCCAAGGCCAACCCGUUCGAGGAGGAGGCCACCGACCCGGCCGCGGAGCUGGUGGACCUGAGCCUGGAGUGGAUCCAGGAGCUGCCCGAGGACCUGGACGUCUGCAUCGCUCAGCGGGACUUCGAAGGGGCCGUCGACCUGCUGGACAAGCUGUCCGAGUACCUGAGCGGGGCGGCCAGCCAGCCCGGCGUGCGCCAGCUGCGGAGCCGGGUGGACCAGCGGGUCCGCCGCCUGACCGACGUGCUGGUGUACGAGCUGUCGCCCGGGCGCUCGCUGCGAGGGGGCCCGCGGGCCACACGGCGCGCCGUCUCCCAGCUGAUCCGGCUGGGCCAGUCGACCAAGGCCUGUGAGCUCUUCCUGAAGAACCGGGCGGCGGCUGUGCAGACGGCCAUUCGGCAGCUGCGCAUCGAGGGCGCCACCUUGCUCUACAUCCACAAGCUCUGCAACAUCUUCUUCACCGGCCUGCUGGACACGGCCAAGGAGUUUGAGAUGGACUUCGCCGGUGACAGCGGCUGUUAUUCGGCCUUUGUGGUGUGGUCGCGCUCGGCCACCCGGCUCUUCGUGGACGCUUUCAGCAAGCAGGUGUUUGACAGCAAGGAGAGCCUGUCUACCACGGCCGAGUGUGUGGAGGUGGCCAAGGAGCAUUGCAGCAAGCUCAGUGAGAUCGGCCUGGAUCUCACCUUUACACUCCAGGCUCUGCUGGUCAAGGACAUCAAGGCUGCCCUCCACAGCUACAAAGGCAUCAUCAUGGAGGCCACCAAGCACCGUAACUCUGAGGAGAUGUGGAGAAGAAUGAACCUGAUGACGCCUGAGGCCUUGGCAAAGUUGAAGGAAGAGAUGAAGGCUAGUGGCAUCACCAAUUUUGAUCAGUAUACUGGUGACGACUGCUGGGUCAACCUCAGCUACACCAUCGUGGCCUUCACAAAGCAGCUGAUGGCUUUCUUAGAGGAAGGGCUGAAGCUCUACUUCCCUGAGCUGCACAUGGUCCUUUUGGAAAGCCUGCGAGAGAUCAUCCUGGUGGCCGUGCAGCAUGUCGACUACAGCCUGCGCUGUGAACAGGACCCAGAGAAGAAAAUCUUCAUUCGUGAGAAUGUUUCCUUCCUCUAUGAGACUGUCCUUCCAGUGGUGGAGAGACGGUUCGAGGAAGGAGUUGGAACACCAGCCAAACAGCUCCAGGAUCUCCGCAAUGGUUCUCGGGUCAUUCGUGUCAACCCAGAAAGCACCAACUCAUUUGUGUAAACUCCAGAAGCAUUUUGUGAAUGAAUCAAUUAUUGCAGACAUUACCUGCACAAUUACACACUUGUCAUUCAUUGCUAAUGCUGUAUUAUGUGGGACUCAUCAUGAACUUGCUGCCUUACCUCAGAUACAGCAUGAAGAUUAAUGUUAUCUAUUAGAUGUGAGCUGCCAUUUUCAAUAUCACCUGCCCUGUACAGACUUAUUUGUUUUUGUGUCCUGUUAUAUUCCACUAGUAAAAGCACUUUGUUACAAUUA